UUCAAGGUUAAAGCUGCGAAAUAGUGUGUAGGACUGUUAAUAUUUCAGGUUUGGAUUCGUGCGGUGCGGUCAGUUCUUUUAAAGGGCAUAUCCUGCAAAAGGAAGUUACAUAGCUCACCCCCCAUUAUGAGUCAGAUUCAGAUAUGUGUAGUAAAGACAGAAGUCUUAUGGCCUAUGUUAUUCCUUUUCUAGUGCAGUUCUGUGAGUGUCUGGUCUUCUCUUGGAUGAGUCAAUUUAAGGUGCGGACACCACUGCUUUGAAUAACAGGUUCCAAGAAUUGAUGACUCAGUGUGAAAACCAGUAUGCCACGAGUAUUUUGUUCGUUGUUGGCUUUUCUACUCGCCUGAGAUGUCCCGAUCUAGCGGAAACAAAAAGAGUUGGCGAGACCAUAAUUUAUGUGUGACUUUUGAGCGACCUAAAAAGACCUUGAGAAUGUCCAUCUAUAUACUACGGUUGAAUGAGAGUGAGGAAUUAGGAUUAAUAUUUACGGUUGAUAGUUAGUAUUAUGAAUUAGAUAUAGGGUUUACAUCACAAACUCAGACCAGCUAUAAUUCCAAAACUACUUAGCCAAAUGAAUGGAUUAAUUUCGCACUAAAAUUCAACACCUGUAAUAUAUUGAUGUGAAAUUCAGUCAAAGCAUUGGCUAAAGUUCUCACUGUUUCUGCGCUAUUAGUCAGAUUUUCUGUCAUUUUUAUUUUCUUGCUACAUAGGUCGUGAUCUUCAACAUAGAGUUCUGCCUUUUCACAGCGAAAACUACUCCACAAAUUUAGUGGUCCAAGAUGAAGUCUAAUCCAGACUCACCGAUUAUUUCGAUCAGUCCGAGGCAUUAUAUUCAUGUGCUAAACUUGAAUACUCAUGUCACCUCACUUGUUGUUGGACCUAAAACAUAUGUUUGCCAACAGGAUGAAAAGAUUGUUCUCGGACCUGAGGAACUAACUGUCGUCCCGACGAUGAUGUACUGUGUGAUUCGAAACCCUGUUAUAACAGACAAAGAUGGUGUUCCAGUAGUCGAUAAAUAUGGACAGGUUAAAGUUCGAAUGGGUGACGAGGAGUACCGUUUCGCCCAAGACCCUUUCCCAUUGUAUCCAGGUGAAGCUUUAAAGGAUAUCGUUAGGCCUCUACCUGUUGUUCUGCCAAACUCGGCACUCAGAUUACGAGCCGUUUCGGAUUUCGAAGAUGGAAACGUUAAUCGAAUAGCUGGAGAGGAAUGGUUGUUUGAAGGACCUGGUACCUAUUACCCUAGAAAAGAGGUUGAAAUCAUAAAAUGCGAGCAAGCCAAAGUAAUUCUUGUCAACUCUGCUCUUGUAAUGGAGGCCACGAAAGAUUGCGUCGAUCGAGGUGGUGUUCCUCGUGUUUACGGUGAACGAUGGUUAGUGACGACACCAGGUGCAUACCUCCCUGGUGUCUAUGAGCAAAUUGUCGACGAACGCAAAGCGAUUACACUAACAGACAGACGAGCGAUAUGUGUCAAAGCUGUUAAGUCUCAUUGUGACAAGUUCGGGAAAUAUCGCAAAGCUGGUGAAGAGUGGUUAAUUACACAUGAAGAUGCGGAGUAUCACAUUUGCAGCGCACUUGAGGAGUUUGUGAAAGAGGUUGAUGUUACAAUCCUACGUGUCCAUCAGUUUUGUGUGGUAGUCAACCCUUGGGAUGAGAACGGUGUUCCUCAGUUAGGGAGAAAAUUAUUAGUACGUGGUGAGAAGUCAUUCUUUCUGAGACCAGGAGAGUAUUUGGAAACGGGAGUUCAAGAUGCUUAUAUUUUGCAGAACGACGAAGGCCUUAUUCUUCGAGCUAAAGAACAGUUUGUUGACGAUAUAUGUGGGGACGCUAUAUCUGAGGGGGACUCUGUAAAGCAGAAAUGUAUACGUCGUCCUGGUGAUCGGUGGAUGUUACGUGGACCCAUCGAAUACAUACCUCCUGUUGAAGUGGAUGUGGUAGACCGUCGUAAUGUAAUUCCUCUCGAUUGUAAUGAAGGGAUCUAUGUUCGUAAUAUGCAAACAGGACAAGUUCGUGCUGUUAUUGGUGAAGCUUAUAUGUUAAAUCAAGAUGAAGAAUUAUGGGAGAAGAAACUCCCACCUGAGGUUGUUCAGUUGCUGGAAAGUAAUAUUGACCCAUUUGCUGACCGCGGAGUUCGAUCUCCUCCAGAUUCAGUUAACCGUCUUGACCCAACUCGUGUAGUUACUUUCCGUGUUCCACACAAUGCUGCAGUUCAAAUUUAUGACUAUAAAAAUAAAAGGGCAAGAGUCGAGUUUGGACCAAAUUUAGCUAUGUUAGGACCGGAUGAACAAUUUACUCGUUUGAGCCUGAGUGGUGGGAAACCGAAGAAACCGAAUGUGAUUAAAAGUCUAUGUUUACUGUUAGGUCCAGAUUUUUGUACCGAUGUUGUAAUUGUUGAAACUGCGGACCAUGCUCGCUUAUCUUUGCAACUGUCGUACAAUUGGGUGUUCGAUGUCUCUCCAUCAUGCAGUGCAGCUGAUGCUGCUAAGUUAUUUUCAGUGCCUGAUUUUGUUGGAGAUGCUUGUAAAGCUAUUGCAUCUCGUGUUCGUGGCACUGUUGCAUCUGUCCAAUUCGAUGAUUUUCAUAAGCACUCAUCACGAAUUAUUCGUGCCUCCGUAUUCGGAUUGGAUGAAGCUGGAAAGGUUCGGGAUCGAAUAGUUUUUCCUCAAAAUAACCUGCAUAUUACAAGCGUGGAUGUACAGUCUGUGGAGCCAGUGGAUCAACGAACUCGGGAUUCGUUGCAGAAGUCAGUCCAACUUGCCAUUGAGAUAACGACCAAUUCGCAAGAGGCAGCUGCACGGUAAGCAAGCUGCAUUCGUUUUGGAAAAUAUUUUGAACUGUGUAGUCAUGUGUACAAUACUCGUUAAGGUGUGCAUGAAGUCAGUAGUGUUAGUCGGUUAAGUUUUCUUUACAAUAUAACGUGUUUUCACUGUUUCUUUUCCCCGGUUUAUAGUGUAUAGUUGAUGUGUAAUGGGGCAUUACCUUUGUCUGUUUUGAAAAUUUCAUUUCGAGUAUGAAUACUAGGGGUAAGUUAUUUAAUUGUCAUGCUGAGAACCGGGAAUGAAGUUUUCGAUAGUGAAGUUUAUUCUGUGGUAUUGUAUUUUAGUCACGAAGCGGAAAGACUCGAACAGGAAGCCAGAGGUCGGUUAGAGCGUCAAAGAAUUGAGGAUGAAGCGGCUGCUGAACAAGCCAGGCGUAAUUUGCUUGAAAUCCGAGUGCAACUGGCUGCACUAGAAAGUAGUAGUCAAGCGAAGGCCGAAGCAGAAAGUCGAGCUGAGGCGAAUCGUAUUUCCAGUCAAGCUGCAGUGGAAGAAGCUAAACUUCGAGCAGAAGCCUUAUCUAUUGAAACGAAUGCAGAAUUAGAAAGACUCAAAUUGGCUCGAGCUGCAGAGAUCGCCUAUAUCAAGGAAAAGAAUGAAUUAGCUCUAAAGUAUAAGGAAGACGAAACAGAAAUCGAGAAAUCGCGUUUCAUUUCAAUGGUGAAUGCAUUAGGUGCAGAUACAUUACGUGCAAUGGCAACAGCUGAAUCAGACCAUAAUCUACGCAUGUUGAACGCUUUGGGCCUGCAAAGUACAUUAAUUACAGAUGGGACGACACCAGUGAAUUUGUUAACCACUGCUCAUGGUUUAAUCGGUUCAGUGUUUGAAGGUUCUCGUAAACGUACUUCAGAGGUUUCAGGCAACGUAGAUGAAAAAUGAAGCUCAAUGGAUAUUUACUGUUUACAUUGAUGAGUUUGCUUUGAUCUAUUUCUUUAUACUUGCUUGAUUUUUAAUGUAUUGUUUCAACAUACUUUUUUCAUGGUUGGCUGUGACGAUUUCUUCAAAUGAAUACUUGAUAAAAUAUGUGAUACUUGUGCUAUCCAAAGUGUGUUUUUUAUUUAUCAUGUUUCUACUUGUAUUAGUUUUGCUGUUGUUCGGAAUAUAAUUGAGUGUUUCACAAGCAGCAAAAGAUUGUCAGGGUGAAUAUACGCUUUCACAAAAUAUAUAUUAGAUAGACAUAGUUUCAACUACUCAUUUUUAACCAGUGUAUAGUGUAUCAAAACUGCUUGAUGGGUUGAAUUAGCAUGAGGAUUGUGUUAAUAGUCAGUUGUGGAACUUUGAAGAAUUGGAUCAGUCAGUAAUAACCGAUGUUUGUUCUGAGACAAAUAUACAAGUGACCUAGUAGCCACAUCACAUCAAUUCAAUUAACUGGAAUGGACCAGUUUGAAAUCAAAUGAGUCGGAUCAAUAAUAGUAUUAUCAUUGGUGGUAAGGUAUAUUAAACAACAAGAAUGCCGUUCAGAAAGAUUGAAGGAGAUUAGGUAGUUGAUGGUGUGUGCAAAUGUAAACCUAGCGACCGAUAGCAUUGAAAGGAUGUACAAUUAAAGUGACCUUGACACGGUUGAAAAUUCUUAAGGUGAUGAAUAUGAAAUUCAUCUAAUUAGCUUACAUGAUUUAGCAGCAUAUUGCGAUUCAUUGGAGGUUAUUCUUACGCUUGCUCAGAGAUUUAUUUUGGUCAUAUGAUAGUGAAGAUUGCUCUUAUUACAAAUUUCAUACAAUCAAUCGACAGUUGAAAUAAUUGGUGUACAGAAUCAUCACAUGUGUUGUAAUGACGAACCUUGAUUUCUGCAGAGAGCUGAGUUAUUUGUUGGGGGUGCAGAUCAGAUUGCACAUAAUCAUAUAUUUAUUUUGAAGAAACCCAGCGUGAGGGAAUCUUUUGUUGUAGGAGUCGGUUGGAAGAAAGCUACAGGCUUUCAAACCAAGACAUGGGAUUAGUUCAUGUACUCAUUGGUCCAGUUGGUUAAGCGUUCGCGCGCGAGACC